UAACGCGAUCCCUGAUUAAGUCAGAAGUUCUUUAUAAGUUAUCAGGAGUUUUUAUGAAGUACAUCAAUAAAGAUAAUCGUUUCUCAAAAGAUGAUUCUCGGUUGCAUAUCGUUCGUGAGCAUGCAGAGAUAUUCCUGAAUAAAUGGAAAAAUGAAACGAAAGAUGAUAGAACCAUGAUCGCAUUAGCUAGACUUGCAGAGCUCAUUGGAUUUACGUAUACCCAAGAACAACCUCCUUUGCUACAAAAACUGGACACUUUCUUCGAAACGUCGAGAAAUCUUCUUCAUAAGUUUUGUGGGGUGACUGAGGAUGACUUGCAGCCUGUUGGGUCGUUUUAUUCAUUCAUAAGCGCUUUUUCGUGGGGAUCUGUUAACAAGCAAGAAAUAUACGACAUACCUCACUCCACAUAUCAUGUAGCUGAAAACUUAAUGAAAAAGAUGAAAAAAAAGAGUUUCCAAAUACCAUGUAUGACAAGUAUUGUUUACGAUCUUGUAUAUUGUCGAACUCUGAACAAACAAGAUCUUAACGUGUUCCCGGAUGAACUCAAAAAUGAUGAAAAAUUGAAAGAAAUCGUCGAACUUUCUCAACCACUAUCACCAGCCAUCGUGCAUGAAUUGGUAGAAAAUAAAGUGGCAAUAAGUGUUGAAAAGUAUAGCCAUUUGUUCCUCGCUGAGCUUUAUGUCUCAUUAAUAUAUAGCUACGGUAGAAACUAUUUUUAUCACGAUAGAAAAACACUUAAGAAACCAAGUUUUUAUGUCGAUCUUAUGAAGCUUGCGUACUGUCUGGCAAAUGAAAUCAACAAAGAACUGGAAUCUGGGAUAGCUGUCUUUCAUGGAUAUGUUGCUCAAAAAAGUGCUCUUCUUUAUCUCCUUUUUAAUGAUGACUGGGUCAAGAACGACAAGUUAGUGGCAAAAACUGCAGAAGUUCGAAAGAAAGAUUUGGAAAAUGCCAUCAAAUGUUACAAGCAACUGAGUAAUAAUCAACAACUGUUCUUUGAAAUGGGAAUCUUAAAGGAGAGGAACGGCGAUGAGUUGUUUUGCUACUGUGAAAUCUUAAAGUGCUACGGAGAAUUACUUGCAAUGCCAUUAAAUACUCUUGAUGAUGUAGAAUUGAUCCGUAAAGAUGGUAGCGACAUUUGCAGAAGAGUUAUAAGAAAAUUGAAGUUGCAUGAAAAUCAAGAAUGUCAAAAGGGUAAACUUCUUCAACGAUCAAAAUAUAGGAACGCAGUAGCUAAUUUCUACAUGCAAUUAGAAAAACAUGACACUCAGGAAAGUUUCUACAAACAAGCGAUAGAGAUGUUUGCCAUAUCAGCUGAAAACGCAAGUGAAGAUAGUCAGCAUUUGCAUCAUCUUGAAGCCGUGGUGGGUUUAGCAAAUGUUUACAGUAGAAUUGGCCGUAUAAGGUUUACUGCUUUGGUGAUUUCAUUCCGUCAUCUUAAACAAUGCAAAAGUAAUGAAAACCUUCGAGAAAUGCUGCAACAAAAGCCUGAAGUCGUUGAACGUAUUCGUAAAAUCCACGCAGUAAACAUUGUGCGAGCAAUCGCCCAUUUACGACUGAAGAAACAAGCGGGGAUGCCCCGGAUCCUUGAUGAACAACAAAGGAUACCUGAGACCAAUGAGUCUACACCUGACACCAGUGAGUCUACACCUGACACCAGUGAGUCUACACCUGACACUAGUGAGUCUACACCUGACACUAGUGAGUCUACACCUGAGACCAGCAAGACAUAUGGUGCGUCAUCGACUGUCAAUUGCCCUUCAACAACCAGUGAGAAUGAAGAAUCUCAAGCUAUUGAGAAAUAUCUAAUGAAUUUGGCGAAGAAAAUCCCAGGUGAUUGGAAAGAUUUGGCUAUCUUCCUUAAUAUUAGUGAUGAGAAAAUUGAACAAAUCGAAAUAGACGAACGUGGUGUCGUCUGGCAAGGAUAUACCAUGCUAAAGUAUUGGUGGAAAUCCCGUCAUAAGAAGAAGCUGUGGUACGAGGAACUGGCAACUGCUAUUAUUGCUAGCACGGAAAACAGAGAUCUGGCCGAAAAGAUAAAAAAGGAAGGCCCUGAUGUGCCUUAUCGUUAGAUUUCUUGUCAACGAUAUCGAUAUUUUGUUUUCAAAAUUGACAUUUUAACGAAAGUAAUACGCCUGUAAAUUGUAAAUUGUUGCAGUUUCCUUACGUAAAACAUUUCGAAUGCAAGUUUUGCUCCCUAGCUGUUUAGUUGUACAAAUUGUUUACAGCCAAGCUGAACUUCAAUGUUUUUUUUUGCUUUACAAUACCAAUGUUUUAGUAAUAUACUCGUAUCCUUCCUACUUUAUCAUACAAAUAUUUUAACUAUAACUUUACUGUUUCUAAAUUUAACAUACCAAUAUACUAAACUCCACUUUUUUACAAA